CGCAUAACAAUCUAUACCGUAUAGAUAAUGAACAGUUUCAGAAAAAUCGUCUAUAUGAAAAAUGUAGAUUUGGCGAAAGCUAUGGGAAAGAAGCAGAUGUAGAAUGUGACAGACUUAUAGAAGAACGUCAUCAAAACUUGGAAAUGGGAAGAAAAAUAUUCGAAAAUGCGUAUCGAUUUCUCGAACACAGCGAAGACGACGACGAGGAGAACGAAUUUGAACAGAAACGAAGUAUAACUGAAGCCAAAGAUAAAGUAUCCAAAAAGAGGAGAAAUAUUAGUUCAAAGAAUCCGAAACGAUCCAAGAAGAUAGAAGAAACGUUUGUUGAUUCACAUAAAAAGAAGUCAGAAGCUGAAGAAAUAGAGUUAUACAUAGAUGUCGGAAUGGUAACUCCAAGAGAUAUAUAUUUAUCGUCAUUGCCACAAUACUGUGAAUACAGAACAGAAGUUCAUGUGCCUAAAUCCUGCAUCGAAGAUGAUCUUUCAAAUAUCAAAUAUUCGGCACAGAAUGACGAUGAAAUCACGAGCAUUGAAUACUCUGACAAAGAAGAAAUAUGUGAAGAAGAAUCACAAGCUUCAAUUGAACGACCUGUUUCUAAACAUUAUCAGGAAAAACCAUCAGAUCAUAAAACAACGAAGAAUAUAGAAACUGAAAAUAUUAAUGAGAAAUUUCAAAAGCCAACAUUGAAUGUCAUGACAACAGUCAUCACUGAAUUUCUUUCGUCGAUACGACAAAUAUAUGAAAAAGGCAAGAUAAAUAACGAAAAGAAAAGGAGCUAUCAAGAUUUAGAAAAAGAAAGAGUAAAGUGUCAAAAAAGGAUAGAUCGAGAACUGGCAUUCUUUAGAAGACUUACAGAACAGCAAUAUUCAGAUACGUCGUCUUCUUCUGAAGAAUUUACAGAUGACGAAGUUUUCGUAAAAAGUAAAUCCUUUACUGAAGGGACUGAAAAGAGAAAAUUUUAUGAGGCAAAACGAUCGUCAUCCCCAAUCCUCAUAUACCAUUAUUAUAGACCAGGUUGCAAAUCUAAUGAGGAGGCGACAUAUUAUGAUUCCGAUGGUUGUAUUCAAAAUUUGGACUCUAAAAAUCCAUUCAAAACUCAUAAGGAACUCAAGACUUCUCGCACGAUAGUUAGUGCAAAUAACAACGAAGCAGACGCAAAGAUUUCUGAAGAAAGAAAAUCCAAUAGGCGUUCAUUACAUUCUUUACCUUCUGAAUCCGAAAACCGAGAAAUUGUUUUAAACCAAUUCAUAAAGGAAGAAGAAGAAGAAGAAGAAGAAACACUUGAUCCUGGGCUACGAAAUACUAAUAAAUCGAAAACAAGCAACGAAAAGUUGAAAAUACAUUAUGAGCCAAUGACGAUCACAUUCGAUGCUAGAUCAAAUACUAAACCAAAGUAG